GCUGUUGGUGUUGCCAGCCUCGAGCAGAAGUGGCCCUAUACAACACUGUGGCCAGCUGCUGGCUGCAAAGAAUUAUUAUUUUUUUGUUUUUACCAUUUAAAGUGCAAUAUUUAACAGGGAAAUCAAAAGGAUUCCGGUCUGGGAGUGUUCCAACCGAGAGCUGUGAGCCAGGAGCAAGAGGGGGCUCGCGAGGAGUGAGCAUCGGUAAAGGCAGUCCCUAUUUUUUGGGGCCGGAAAAUGUCAGCGAACCGAUUGGUUGCCAGGCAACGAAAAAAAGCCCAAACACAACAAGUUACGUUACGUUUCCUUACACUUCCUUCCGGUCCCGUUACUGCGCCGUAAUCUCCAGUUGGAAAACCCCACCAUUGUCAUCAGGAAAAUAGGAAUACCUCUCCCAUCGCAAGGACCCCAACAGCGAAAACAAACCAAAGAAGAGGCUCUGCUUUCGACUCCGGAAAAUGCGCCGCUAACCGGGGGAUUUCCAGGAGCCGAGCUCCUCCACUCUAAUGCUACCGGAAGUAGAGUCCUUGAACCAGAAGGAAACCUAAACACCGCCAUUGCCUUAUCUCUUGGAAGAGAGACAGAAACUUAGUAGUAGGGGAUAGGAGUAGGGACAGCGAGCUUACUAGUCAUCGAAUUUAGAGCACCGAAGGUGCAGAACGACCUGAAAAGGAUUUCCUCCUCCACGCACCCGACCACACCACAAACCAAUGACCACACGCCUGGCCCCGCAGCGCCAAUUCAUCAUCUCGACGCGCUCCGCCAUCGUGGAUGCCACCUCUCCGCCCGAGGACCUUGCGGAGGAGCAGCUGACUGUCGAGGUGGAGAGCGCCUCCGCCGCGAACACCUCCGACUCGCCGGCGCCCACCGAGGAGUUUGAGUUUUGCACGGAGGAUGGAGUCGUCGUCGCGGCCACCCUGGAGGAUGUUAUGACGCAGAACUGCCAGCUCCUGCAGAAGAAACUAGGGGACGACGACGACCCGGGAGCGGGAACGGUCAACGGCAGCGAGCAGCUGGAGGUGAUCAGCGUGGUCCUGCCCAUGGACGCCGGGGAUUCCAGCAGCGAGGGCCACCUCCACGGACAUGUGGUGAACAGCACCAGCGACGCCAUCGGAACGAUAACCACCACGGAGCCCAACGGCACCACAGUGACCCAUUCGAUCCCCAUCCACAGCAUGGACGACCUGAGUGCCUUAAAGGACGGGGUGGACCUGGCCCAGCAGGUGGCCAGCGGCCAGGUGACCGUGGUGCAGGCCACCGAGGACGACGAUGGAACGCCCUUCAUCACAGUAACUGUUUCCGGCCAGGAACAGAACUACCAAGUGCAAUAUGUGGACUCUGAGCUGUAUCACAGCAACUCCAGUCAGACGCAAAUGACCUAUCCGUUCUGCCCGGUGGGCGAUUACCAGGGCACCGGCCAGACGGCCUACUACUCGACCACGGGGCAGUAUGGGACUGGCUCCUCCGCCGGGGGCGGAGGCGGCUCCUCGAACGGGGCCCACUCCACCACGACGCUGCCGUACCUAGUUCCCGUGGAGGAGAGCCUGCUGCUGAACAGCACCGCCCAUUCGCUGACCCAGGCACAGUCGCAGCAGGCGCAGUCGCAGGGGCAGGUCACAGGACGCGGCGACUCGCCGCACAGCCUGACGGUGAGUAGGAGUCGGGAGUGGGAGGAUGCGGUAAUCACUAAUCGGAGCCACUGGGUGCAGGAGGUCGCGUACAUCCAGGAGGCGCAGAGCACGCCCCAGACGCCCACCUCUACCACGACCACACACUCGGCCAGCGGCGGCAGCCUGGGCACCGGAGGUGGGGGCAACUCCCCGGCAGACUCGGAGCAGAGUGCGCUCGGCAGCAGCAACAAGAUUGCCUCAGCAACGAUCAAGUGGCUGUCACGCAACUACGAGACGGCCGACGGGGUGAGCCUGCCCAGGAGCACGCUGUACAACCACUACAUGCAGCACUGCAGCGAACAGAAGUUGGAGCCGGUGAAUGCGGCCAGCUUCGGGAAGCUAAUACGCUCCGUGUUCUCCGGCCUGCGCACACGUCGCCUGGGCACGCGCGGCAACUCCAAGUACCACUACUAUGGCAUCCGCAUCAAGCCUGGCUCCCUGCUGAAUCAUCAUUCGAUGGACGACAAGAGUAUGCUCGGCUCUGGCUACGGGCCGUCCUCCGGCGGAUCUGGCUCCAGUUCCGCCGGCGGCACAUUGGCUAGCGUGAGUAGCAGCACCGCCGGACAAAUGGGCCCCAAUGGCCUAGGCGGUCCAGGACACCGACACAGUGGCGUCAAAAAGCACACCAUCAAGCCGGAGGCCUACGAGGCCUGCAUUCAGUAUAUCGGCGAUGGGAGCAGUGCCCUGCCCUCGUUUCCAGCCAUUGAACUCAACCACAGCUUCAACAGUGAACUGACGCUGGAGGACGUGGACACAUUCCGAGCGCUGUACCGGGAGCACUGCGAAUCCUUCCUGGACGCCGUUCUCAAUCUGGAAUUCAACACCGUGGAGUUCCUGCUGCGCGACUUCUGGCGGGCCAGCGACAACAACAACCUGGACGAGUGCGAGGAGGAGAAGUACUUGAGCAAGUCGAAGCUCUACCUGCUCUGCCACUGCGCAGAAGUGCAGAAGUUUGUGCGCGAGGUGGACUAUCAGUUCUAUCAGAAUACGGUCGACGUCAUCAUUCCGGACGUGCUGCGCUCCAUUCCCAAUGCCCUGACCCAGGCCAUCCGGAACUUCGCAAAGAACUUGGAGAUCUGGCUGUGCGAGAGCUUGAUGGGUGUGCCGGAGCAACUGGUCCAGAUCAAGACCAGUGCCGUCUCGGCCUUCUGCCAAACCCUGAGGCGCUACACUUCGCUGAAUCACCUGGCGCAGGCCGCCCGAGCCGUCCUCCAGAACGGAGCUCAAAUCUCUCAAAUGCUCAACGAUCUGAAUCGCGUGGAUUUCCAUAAUGUCCAGGAGCAAGCCGCUUGGGUGAGCCAGUGUGCUCCUGAUGUGGUCCAGCGGCUGGAGAAUGAUUUUAAAGCCGCCCUGCAACAGCAGAGCUCUCUAGAGCAAUGGGCCAGCUGGCUGCAGUGUGUGGUGGAGUCAGCCAUGGAGGAGUAUACUGGGAAGCCGAGCUAUGCCCGAGCUGCCCGCCAGUUUCUACUCAAGUGGAGCUUCUAUAGCUCCAUGAUCAUCCGGGACCUGACGCUGCGCUCCGCCUCCAGCUUCGGCAGCUUUCACCUGAUCCGCCUGCUCUUCGACGAGUACAUGUUCUACCUGGUGGAGCACAAAAUAGCCGAGGCCCAGCACAAGACGGCAAUCGCUGUUAUAUGUGAAAGAAUGAAAAAAGACAUGGACUUUGAGUUCGAGUGCCAGUUCGCCUACAUCACCAGCGAUACGGAGCAGCAGACAACGCCGAGUUCGGCAAGCAGUGGUGGCAACGAGGCGAAGCGGCUGAAGCAGGAAUGAGGCGUCGUGAGGCCUUGAAACGGAGUGCUCUUACCAGUAAUCAGUAACCAAUCACCAGUCAGUCAGUCUCAGACCUUCAGAUCUGCAUUUAGUAGUCGAACCGUGUUGUAUAAUCGUAACCGUAUUCGUACCCUAUCCAUGUGUGUUAGUUUGUAGCCCUAAGUUUCCAACACUCACAUCGUAGUCAGUCGAAAUUUUAGUGGUUAGUUUUAGGCAAGAUCCGGAGCUCGUAGGUGGUAGAAACACUCUUGGUGGAACUAUGUUGAAGAAAGGAGGCUUUUUUAACGCAGCUACGAGACUGUAAUCCAAGUUAGGGGUCUUUUUUAAAUAUCUUAGUGGGUAAUAAGUUGAUCAAGAGUGUUCUUCGGCAACCCACGAGCCUGGACUGCCCCCGUAUCGAAGUGAAGAGCCGUCCAGCAAGCAGCAAGCAGGGAGCCAGCAGCUGUCCAAAACGGCUCUUGGCCCACCUUGCCUGCCCUGAUCUGUAUUCGUAGGAUACGUUUUAGUUUAAGUACAUGUGCAUUAGUAAUUGUAAUUUACGAUUACACGCCUACUCAGCUGUCUACUGUCUAUUGUCCACUACGGUGACGAAAAUUUAACAAUAGGUUCGGGGAUGGCAUCAGUUUUGUCUGGUUUCAACAAAAACGACAUGGUACAUCAUGAAGCGCACCGCGCACGGCGCACCUAGACGCAUGGGAAGCACACGGAAAACACUCGCGCACUCGGAGGACCUUAGUCAGGUGUGGGGAGUAUAGCAUAUAGGAUAUAGCGAGAGGAACACACAAAACACAGCUCACGCCGAAACAGCUUGCUCAACUAACGAUAAGAUGGAACACGCUGCUCAAACUCAAACUAAGCUAAGUGAACAACAGGCCUUAAAUGUGCAAAGAUCAACACUCAAUUUUGAAACAAUACAAUUUACCAAUACCUAUAUAGAUUAAAUAUAUAUGUGGAGCAUGAAUGUAUAUGUAUAUUUUAACUGUAAGUGAGGAAUCAUUUUAUUACCAGGAGCAACUAUUUUAACAGAGGCGCGUAUCAGAGUAUUUUACACCAUUUUGGGUGGGAGUACACAACAGCCAGGGAGCUGUUUUUAAGUCGACUAUAUAGAAUUAGCCAACUGUCUAGUCCCUCAACAAACACAUCUGACCUAAAUAUACAUCCAUAUAUGCUCUGUCCGGCACAACAAUUCGUCGAUGAGGGCCCCUAUUCCCCAUUAUAGGAUGCUAGUCCUGCAAAAAUCGCAAAUCGCUUAAGUAUCAUCUAAGUUCCAUUGGUUGUUAAAAAUAAAAAUUUUAAAACGUCGAAACUAUUUAUGUAUGUGAAAUAAAGAUUUGUCUACGAAAAA